CAGGCGCCGAGUCGCCACUUCCCCUUCCCGCCCUGUGGGCAGCUCCCAAGGGGCGGCAACUUCCGCGGGAAGCGGAGCGUUGCGCGGAAGGUCGGGGUGAGGGGAGCGCGUCGGCCGGCCCCGCCAUGUCCUCCCCGUCGGCGUACGCCCUGCGCAUGGCCCGCCUGAGCGCGCGGAUAUUCGGAGAGGUCGCCAGGCCCACUGACUCCAAGUCCAUGAAGGUGGUGGCCCUGUUCGGCGAGCAGCCUUUGGCCAAGAGGAAGGAGACGUGGGACUGGUACCCACCUCACAACACCUACUUCGCCCUCAUGAGGAAACUCCGCUUCUACGGCCUCUACAGAGACGAGCAUCAGGAUUUUAAGGAAGAGCAAAGAAGACUCAAGAAACUCCGAGGCAAAGGGAAGCCAAAGAAAGGAGAAGGGAAAAGAGCGGCCACGAAGAAGUAGGGUGGGACUCUGUGGCCGAAGCCCCCAGGAGCAGGACGCCUCUGGCUUUGGGCGUCGCGGGGUCCCAGAACUCACAACUGUCAGAGCUCCGGGAAAAAACCCAGUGAGCUCCUUUAUCAGACUUGGGAUUUGCCACUGGAUCCUUCAACACCUUUGACUAUUUGGGUUGCUCCGGGUGAGAAUUUACAACCCUCCAUCGGGUUCUGGUAGAAAUCCCAAGUGGGCGGGGCUGUCUUUGUUUAUCGGCUCAUUUCGUAGCCAAAAUAAAAACCAUCCAACACAGCG